UCUGGGCGCCACCGCCUCCCGUUGCCCCCACCGUGGGCGCACGAUGGAGAUCGGGUGCUGGCUGUUCGGAGGCGAGUUCGAGGACUCGGUGUUCGAAGAGAAGCCCGAGCGACGGGCUGGCCUCCCCGCGUCCUACCGCGCCAAGCGCUGCGAGCGGCAGUGGUUUUAUGAAGAAGCAGAGAGCAGUGAUGAUGUUGAAGCUCUAACUAUCAAGAAAUUCAGAGGGGACCUGGCCUACAGACGACAAGAGUAUCAGAAAGCGUUGCAAGAGUAUUCCAGUAUCUCUGAAAAAUUGUCAUCUACCAAUUUUGCCAUGAAAAGGGAUGUCCAGGAAGGACAGGCUCGGUGUCUGGCACACCUGGGAAGGCACAUGGAAGCGCUGGAGAUUGCUACAAACUUGGAAAAUAAAGCAACCAACACAGACCAUUUAACCACUGUGCUCUACCUCCAGUUUGCCAUUUGUUCAAGUUUGCAAAACUUGGAGAAGACUAUUUUCUGCCUACAGAAACUGAUUUCUUUGCACCCUUUGAAUCCUUGGAACUGGGGCAGAUUGGCAGAGGCUUACCUGAACCUGGGGCCAGGUCUUUCAGCAUCAGUUGUGUCAUCUCACAAACAGGACAGUUUCACCUCAAGUGACAAAACUGUCAAGUCCUCCUUUCUGCACUCAGGAAGAGACUGUCUUUUGUGUUUCCCUGAAACCUUGCCUGAGAGCUCUGCACUUUCUAUGGAAGCAAGUAGCAGUAAUAGCCAGAAAAAUGAGAAAGCUCCUAAAAAUAUUCAAAACUGUAUGGCAGAAAAGAGAGAAGCGGUGUUGAUAGAGACUCAGAUGAAAGCAUGUGCCUCUUUUAUACGAACCAGGCUUUUGCUUCAGCUCACCCAAUCUCAGCAAACAUCGUUUGCUUUGGAGAGGAACUUAAGGACUCAGCGGGAAAUUGAGGAUAAAAUGAAAGGGUUCAGCUUCAAAGAAGACACUUUGCUGCUGAUAGCUGAGGGCCACUUCUCAUCUACUGAUGGACUUCUGUCUCCCUCUUUUAUGUGCCUUUUGAUCAAUCAACAGUCACCCAAGCGGCCUCUUCAUCAUCCUUCCCCCGCAGCAUGCAGGACCACGGGGGCUGCAUGUCAUGUCCCUGUUGGUGCUUGCUUCCACCUGCCUGCUGGAACAUCAGAAAUGCCCAAUAAUCAUGUUUUGGUUAUGGGAGAAGAUAUCAUCCCAGAAAAAAUAAAAGACGAAGUUCACCCAGAGGUGAAGUGUGUUGGCUCCACAGCCCUGACUGCCCCGGUGACUGCAUCCUCCAAAGAAUUUGAAGACAAGUGGUUCCGAAAGAUCAAAGACCAUUUCUGUCCCUUUGAAAAGCAGUUCCAUGCAGAGAUACAAAUCGUGGCUUAGUGAUCCAUUUAAAAACAAAACAAAAUAUCUUGCACUGUAUUAAUUGUCUUUGUUUACUUCAGACAGGAUCCACUGUUAAUCACAGAAUAUGGUGAAUUAAAAAUGAUUAUGUUUUAUAAAAA